GUGAGCUAUAGCAAAUAACAAUACAACCAUCACUGUAUUUGGCAUUACAUCAAUGUAAAUCAUUGGCACUAAUUGCUCGCGUAUAUGACCUGAGUUACAAUCAAAUGCUCAAAUAAACAGCAUUUAUGGCCAGUAUAUCGGAAACGAUUGUGUUUUGCCCUAACUAUACGUUACGAUACCUAAGUUAUAUCGUUAACUUGACGUAAAUCACCUUGAUAAGUGAUUUGAUGGUGAUAGUUGUCACGCCCGCACAUUAUCUCAUACCACGUUCAUUCAUAAACUUUAUUUUUGUUAUAUUUAAUUGUGUCCCACAUUAAGUUGAAAUGUCUUCGGGAGAGGAUCUGGUCAUUGAUUGGUCUCCGAGUGAUAUCUAUUUCUGUGUCUUUUGUCCAGAUAUACCUCCGAUCGCCUCUAAGUCCGGUUUGGAGAGCCAUUUGCGAAGAACUCAUUUGAACGGCUCGUCGACCGCCGCAGUGGACGAGAAGGAGGCCAUCGAUCUCUGGAUCGGGCGACACAUGAAAUACCAGGAAUCGCUGAAUCGAUGUAUGAGUCAAUCCAUUAAGACUAUUCCCGACAGAACUAAAACACUAUACAAAGGAUGUCCUGUUUGUGAUCGUAUUAUUAAGUAUUAUAACAUCCGAAACGAACCGAACCCUAAGGACGCGGAUCGACACGAACUGCUCAUCAGAGAUAUUAACGUGGAUUACACGGGAAAUAACGUGAAUCACAUUAACCCUCACCUCAGAUACUAUCCAUACGAGUGUCUCAUCUGUGAGGAAGAGUCACAGACACAGUCGGCCGCCGACAAGAGGUCUCAAUCGGAUGAGAUUGAGGUCCAGAAAGAGAAGGUGAAGACUGCUGUGAAAGCAAUGAUGAGACGGCAUAUAAUCGACAAACACAUGAAGAAAUCGCCGCUCAAUCGGAAAGAGUUUGACGAGAAAGUGGAGGAAUCGAUGCGAACACUGAAAGUGACUGAAUUGGAAAUGAUUACCAAAAGACCGAUUACUGCCGUUAAACCGACCGUCAAAACCAUGAAACCCAAGUCAACGCCCGGUCCGUUACGGGAACCGCAAAGAGUGGUCACUUCUCCGGUUCCACCAAUCAAGCGCUUACGGCCGUUGAUGGUAGCGCUUCCCAUUAGUCAGACCACAACGCAAACCAAUCAACCGAUAGCCGCCGUUCCAAUAGCCGUCGGUCCGAUAGCGGCCGUUCAGACGGCUCUGACUGCCUCAGAGGCGUCCACAUCGAAGAAUGUGCCACUUUUUGUACGUGUCUUACCGGCUGCUGAUCCGAAGACUGUCCACAUUAUAACUCCAAUGCCGUGCACUUCAACGCCAGUCAAACCAUCGAUACCGAAGAUCAGCGAUGAGAUCAUAUCUGAUGAUGAGGUGGAGAUCUCAUCAGACGAAGAAGCGUUUGGCUUUGAAUUUGAUUCGCUUAAAGCCAAGACCUAUGGCUGUGUUUUUUGUUGCAAAAGAUACUCGGAUUACAACAAAGCGUUUGAUCACUAUCUGCGCCACUGUUUCGUAUACCUUGAAUGCGCCAAAUGUCACCUCAAGCUGAAGAACAUCACAGACUUUCGUUCGCACAAUGCGUUACACAAAGACCAACAAAAUCUAUUGAAGUUAAAUGAGUUCAAAGGCGUCCGCAAAUGGAUCGAAAGGUUUCUUCGGUAUCAGUCGGACGACCGAAAGUCGCUGAUCGACAUGUCGUGUGACGUGAACCGAGUCUAUUGUCCGGUCUGUCUCUUCGUCUCCGCUGUGUUUGACAUUCAAUCGACGAAACAAUUGGCGAAUUGCGAGACAAUUGAGAGCCAUAUUCACAAUCAUUUGCAAUACUUUCCCUACGAAUGCAUUGACUGUAAUUACGAAGACAUCAAAACCGAGUUCUGUUUGGACGCCAAAGCGAAGAGACAUUUGAUGGACAAACACGGCGUCCAAAGUGUCGACGAUAUUAGUGCCAAAGAGUUGGGCACUUAUUUUAAUAGUGUGUCAAUUAUUCCCAAAUUGGAUGAAAUGAUUGCGCAAACGGUUGAGAUAACGAACCGAAUCAAUGACUUCUGGACCGUUAACUCGAAGGACAAAGAAAUACAAUAAUUAACUCA